CCUACAAAAUCCUCUUUUUUGGACCAAUCACUUGCUACUCCUUCAAGAUCAUCUGAUCUCCAUCCAAUUGGAGCUCUUGCAACGACUACUUCCUCAUUACUUUCCCAUGGGAAUACUUCUGGGAAACCUACACCGAUUAGCCAAUCUGAUCCGGCUCUAAUUAAUCCAUCUGAUGGGUUGUUUCAGCAAACCAGAGACACAGAUGUUUGGGUCAAGCCCCGAUUUCAUCAUUUCAUGGAAGCUCCACCACCUUCCACUCACCGGAAUCCCUAUGCUCCUAGCAAGCUGCCAGACUUCCCAAAGCCGAUACAACCUCAACUUUCUUCUCAUACCUCCCUUCCAACUUCAACUAAUAAUACUACUAGCCCUAUUAUAAAUAUUGAGAAUCCCGUCAAUCUUCCAGGAACUUUCCACUACUCUCCUUCAUCCAAACCGAUUAAUUUGACCAGCUUGACACCAGGGGGAAUAUUUCAGCCUGUUCAUCUUCUACCAGGGCAAAGUGGGGCGCACACACAAUUAAACGGAACUUUAGAACGCCUCCAGCUUGGUUCAAUUCCACCUGCCCGGUUCCCAUCCCAAGCACACGCCUCGACUACCCGACCGACUCUCCAUCGACCGCCUACCGCAGUUGAGGACAAAUUUUCCACAUCCUUACAAGAACCAUUGGAGAUUACUAACAGAAUAGUUGAACUACACGAGUCCGGUUUUCAUCCUUAUUUGCCGAGUAAUAAGCCUAUCGACGAGAAAAUGUCUAAUCUGCAGAUAGCACCAACAAUGCUAUCAAUGUUACCAAAAUCGUCUUCAUCUUCUGAUACAGUAGCCACAGUGAUAACAACUCAAGCCUACGUUUGUUGCACCUCAGUUCCAUCGUCAGUCUCGGGGACUAACAACACUGAUCAGUCUACUCUCAAGACAUCAUUGAAUAACAUUCCUUCCCUAUCAUCUUGCUUACCUGGAGAAAUGGAGACAAGGCAAAUUGAAAUUGAUGUAAACUCUACUGUGAGGAAACCAAAUGUCGUUGGAGUGGAAAUUUCUCCUUCCGUUGCUGAUGAGCCGAAGUUGUCUAAACCUUUGCAACCGCAUAUCGUCACUUCUCAAGAUUUGGCUUCACAGCGACGUGAAGAGGCUCUUCGAGCGGUCUUUUCCAUCUGCUCACAUGACUCAUCGAUAUGUCGUGCAUCACGCAACGAUAUACCUAAUUCGCCUGAAACAGCUUCCUCCACUGUUGCUUCUUUAGACUCAUCGCCUGGCUCAACGUCACUUAGCGGAUUUUUCCAUAAAGACACUCAUUUUACUUCGUUUUCUGCUAGUUCAACGUCAGCUCCCUCAAUGUCUUCACCACAUCUUGUGUCCAAGAAUUCGAUUAUAUCUGAACGUACUACGGUGCAACCUCACCAUCCGGUUGAUUGCCGUGAAUCGCUAUCCGACCCACUUGUGUUGAAUCGCUUUAUUGCAGCCACAGAGCAUCUGCUCUCUUUUAUAGAAAGCCUUCAUGAGCCUUCUAUGCUCCAUCCUGGAGUCGGCCCUGCACCAUCUUCAGAAUUAAUAGCCAAAAGGACCAAUGUCUGCCAUACACGACUUGACGAGGCUUGGUUUCGAGUGCUCGAAAUGGCCAAACAGCCUGUAAACUCCAGCGUUUCGAACAAUCGCCAUGCAAGAAAACUGACUCAGGCUGCAGGCCGUUGUUGUCCUGCUAAGAAUCGCAGUCAAGGCUGCUUGCCCUACGAUUACAAUAGGGUUAUCCUCCAGACCAAUUUAGAUAGUAAUUCGGCUUCUGACUUUGUCAACGCCAGUCACAUUGACCUAUCGACUAGCUUGGGUGACUGGUGUCCCCGGUACUUGAUCGCCCAGGCUCCUCUAGCUAACACUAUAGGCGACUUUUGGCACAUGAUCCUUCAACAAGGCUGCGAAUUGGUCGUCUUACUUCUACCGGACAUGACCUUACCUUCCAUUUGUUCAGAUAAAUAUGAACCCGAUGUUUUCGCCCAUUUCCUUAUGCUGGAUGAAGCUCUUACUGAUCGAUCGGAAAACUCGAUUCUGUUGUCUGCACCCUCUGAUGUUCCUGAUUGCGACAGUGAUAACAAAGGAAAAAAUGUUUCUACUUUUGCCUCGUAUAGGUUCCUUUCUACUUCUGAACUCCAACAUCCCCGCGUGGUGCCUCAUUUGCCAACCAACAAAGUCGGUAGUCGCUUUUUGGUGCAAGGCACUCCACUAGAACUACGCCUUCAAGCAAUAAAAUCGGCCUGUUCAUCUUCACGACCCUGGACACAACGAAUCCUCACUCUAUACAACACGACCAACCAGCAGACGCGCAGUCUCAUACACCUUUCUUACUAUGGUCCAUUGUCAUUACCGAGUGUCACACAACCCGUUGAUCAAUUAUUAGUCAGCUUCCUGUCUGAAAUACAUCUCUUAUAUCGGCAACAGCGUAGUUUAGUUCGACCAGUGGCUGUUGUUGGCGAGACUGCCUCGGGCCCUCCUGGCAUGUUUGUGACGGCGUCUGCUUCCAUAUUGCACGCUGAGGCUCUUAGUAGGCUUGCUCCAGUCCUCGAGAUUGCUGGUCACGUCUGCCAGCAACGUCGUUCUGCCAUCCAUUCUCCUGCUGAUCUUGAGCUAGCCUUGCGCGUCGUUGCUCACGCCGCUCUUGAGUCGCUGGCACGUCGGGAUAUUGUUGUUGGGCCUAGGAGGUAUUCUAAAACACGAAACAUCAGGUCAUCUAAUGAGCUACCUUCUACUACCGUUCCAAAUUCAGCGACGCAUGUUUCUGCUACUAUUACCAAAGGUUCGCAUAGUUGUGCCUCAAAAGAUGAGGAUUGUUAUCACUCUCCCGUAAAUUCUGUUUCUCGUGUUGCCGACCAUCUUUUCACGGAUGCCCCAGUUCCAAUCGCCGACUUACUUUCGGUUGUUGGAACGCUGUGCCGUUCAACUCAAUCAUGUCCAGUGGAAACAUUCUCUACGGACUUAGCCCACGCAGAUCCGAAAGCCAUUUUGGAUGCGCCAAAUAAAGACGUUGAGGAAUUCGCUGCUAAAGAUACUUCUAGUGCAUCUCAUGUGGUCAGCCUAUUUGAAGCAUGUUUUUCAGUGAAAUUUUUAAAAUCUUGUCUACUGACCUAA